AUCAGGCCCGAUUCACCCAGCUCGACAGAUCUCACGCUCGUUUCCUCCUUCUCUGGCGAUUAGGGUACCCCACGCCGCCGCCAGGUGCUUGUCGUCACGGCCGGUGCGCCGCCGGCGCCGCCGGCGCCUCCGCCCCCGCCCCCAUCCGCUGCCGUGAUCCCCGUCCGCGCGCCGCCGGCCGCUGGCCUCUGACCUCCUCGCGCCGUGGACCUCGCGCCCCUCCUCGCGCCGUGGAUCUCGCGCCGCCGGCCGCUCUCCUCCGACCUCCUCGCGCCGCCGCCGGCUCUUGUUCUCUCAGGCAGGUUCCUAUUACUCAAAACAGAUAGGAGCUUGAGGUGGUUGACGUAGAAGAGUUGGUUAACACUUUAAAGCUGACAUUACGUGAUUGGAACUAUGCCUCCUCAUAAGAUAGAGACUGGUCACCAAGAUGUGGUGCAUGACAUCGCAAUGGAUUACUAUGGGAAGCGCCUCGCAACUGCAUCCUCUGAUAACACAAUAAAGAUCAUUGGCAUAAGUGGCACCUCGCAGCAGCAACUUGCUACUUUGAGCGGACACCAGGGCCCAGUUUGGCAAGUCGCUUGGGCUCAUCCUAAGUAUGGUUCCAUGCUUGCAUCCUGCAGCUAUGAUGGGCGGGUUAUAAUAUGGAAAGAAGGGGGUAAACCUGAUGAGUGGGCACAGGCUCACACGUUCGUUGAGCACAAGUCCUCUGUAAAUUCCAUUGCUUGGGCGCCUCAUGAACUUGGCCUCUGCUUGGCUUGUGGUUCAUCUGAUGGGAACAUUUCAGUCUUCACAGUUCGUUCUGAUGGAGGAUGGGAGACGACGCGCAUCGAUCAGGCUCAUCCAGUGGGUGUGACCUCUGUCUCAUGGGCUCCGGCGAUGGCCCCGGGUGCCCUAAUCAGCCCAGGGCCUUCGGGGCAGUUUGAGUAUGUUCAGAAACUUGCUUCUGGUGGUUGUGACAACACAGUCAAGGUGUGGAAGCUCACCAACGGGAGUUGGAGGAUGGACUGUUUCCCAGCCCUUCAGAUGCACAGGGACUGGGUGAGAGAUGUCGCCUGGGCUCCAAACCUAGGCCUCCCAAAGUCCACAAUCGCCAGCGCCUCCCAGGACGGAACUGUUGUCAUCUGGACCGCGCCGAAAGAAGGUGAGCAAUGGGAAGGAAGAGUUCUGAACGAUUUCAGAACCCCUGUUUGGAGGGUGUCGUGGUCGCUGACAGGAAACAUACUGGCGGUCUCUGAUGGCAACAACAACGUGACCCUGUGGAAAGAAGCUGUGGAUGGCGAAUGGCAGCAAGUGACUACCGUCGAGCCAUAGAUGUUUCGUGUUCUACCGCUAGCUGCAUUUGUCUUCAUAUUAUCUGUAUGGCUUUGAUUACAAGUGGAGGGCCCUGUGAUUGUUAGGCUGCUGCUUUGGCAGGACAGAACAGGCAGUGCAUGUGACAAGCUUUUUUACUUGAUUAAGCAGAAAAUUUAGAACUACUUCUAUCCCAAUUGGACUCGUGUAUGGUAUUAUGGUGUACGGUGCUUUUGGCACAACCAUCCUUUUUGCAAAGUUGUUCCGUGGAUUGUA